AUUGACAGCCCUCCCUCGCUCAGGGCUCAGCCGCUCAGGUUCAUCUCCUCCCUCUGUUUCUUAAACCUUUUCCUUCUCUCGGACUCUCUCCUCCCUCGCUCUUCCUUCCCUGGCGGCGACGACUGGGCGAGCGGCGGCGCCAUUUGUCCUGUCUUCGCCCAGCCCGUUGCCGGCGAUGAGCGCAUCCUCCAGAAUUAUCGGGUGCACAUGUGUACACCCAUGUCCUAUGCUGGGUCCGCCCCUGCUCGUGAAUGGAGACCGAGACGCGAGAUUGAGGUCCCUUCAUCUGUCCAUAGCUUCAUCAGCUCCGGACUUGUGUGUCUGAGAGGGGAACUGAGUAAUUGAAUCAGGAUUCAACAACUGUUAGAGGUUAUUGGUGCUCCUAGGGGUCACCAAUGACACUCUUUACUUCAAUUAGUAAUUUACUUUUUAAAAAUGUGUCACAAGUAUGAAAACUAAUAUUAUAAUUGAACUAAAGCAGAUUGGUGUUAGUGACCCUUAGGGACACCAAUCCACACCUGUAACGACUUAGUGGGUUCAAGUUGGCUUCACAUUUAACCAUCUCUCUCUGACUGUUGCACUGAUAUGUUUCCCAUCAGUUUUACUUGCGCUUUUAUAGGCAAUGAACAUUUCUGAUAUGAUUACUGAAAAUUUGGAUCCUAAUAUGGCAUGGUUUUCCAGCGUAACACUUUGAUUAGUAAUAUCUAUUGAAAUAUAUUACUUCAAAUGUUGUUAAUCUAGCAAUACUAAUCUUAUGUUGUUAAUCUAUCAACUAUGUGCACUUUUAGAUAUUUAUAUGGUCAAAGCCAAAACUGUUUGAUCAUCAACAGUGUUGGUUGGACUUCUAUUUGGCACCAGUGGUAGUAGUUUUCAGGAUUCGAUUGCUUCGUGAUCUUGUUGGAUUAGAAGAUUGCAUUUUCUUUUUGUUUAUUUUAGUAGAUCAAGUUAACUUUUCUACUUGUCCUUUUUGUGCUGAUAACUCUUGGUGUUUAUAAUCUGUGUGAAUCUAAGAUAAAGAGGAUUAUUGAAGCUUGUGGACAAGCAGGGCUACCUGUAUGAUUUAUUCUGGAGGUAGUUGAUUCCUAGUUGGGAAGGAGGGCUGUUUCCUUAUAUCUUGAUCAUUUAGAAAUUUUCCUGCCAUCCUAAUGGAGGUAAAUGAAGUACGCGACCAAGAUACUUUGGUUGACUUGGAGAAAGGCAACUGCUUGCCACCCAGAGAGGACCAUAAUGGGAUGGAGAUUAAUACAAUAGCUGGACAUGCAAAGACAAAGCUGCAUAGCUCAUGGGAUGACCUUGUAGCACUGAAGGAGGAUAAGAGUCACCACAUAUCUUGCUGCUCUUCACACUGUCAAGAUUCCAUUGUUAAAGGUGGAGAGUCUAUGACGUCUGAAGGGGAGAUUAAGGUUGGGUUUUUGGAUAAAGCAGCUGGCGAUAAGGAAAAGAAAAAAUGGUCUAAGAAGCCACCCCGACCUCCAAGACCACCGACUCCUUCACCAUUAGACCCUGCUGAUCAGAAGCUCAUUAGUGAACUAUCUGAGCUUGCAGUGUUAAAAAGGGCUAGGAUUGAGCGUAUGAAGGCGUUGAAGAAGAUGAAGAAUUCCAAACCAGCAUCUUCCAUUGGGAACCUGGUAGCUUUGGUUAUUACUGUUAUCUUCUGCUUGUUCAUACUUUGGCAAGGGGUUUUCCCAAGGCAUGGGGCCAGCAUAAGCUUCCAUAGGCCAUCUAUAACAUCAGUCAGACCACAUGGUGGUCUUAUCUCCAUCCAGUUCUACAAGAAGAAUGUCACAGCUGUCAGCACCCGCAGUUCCUCUGCUGUUCUAAGGUUGUUGUAUUUGUUUUUCUUCUCCAGUUUAUCUUAGAGUCGACGUACAUACGGAGUUUCUCUUCUGAGAGAAAUACUGGAAUGGCUACAAGGCUGGAAACCCAUGGCGAAGUCAGGAGUGUGUUAAUGAGUAUGAUGGCUGGGCUUAGCUGUUGCCGUAGCCACGUUGUGUGCCCCCUUUGAUUUGCAUAUGCUCCACCGAAUCACCUUUUUGGCCCUCUUGCUCCCCUGGCCCUGCAAACUGUUGAAACUACCGUUUGCAGAGCACCCAUCUUGUAAAUUAUUACGAGUUGAUUGGUGAUAUGAUGGUUUAAGCUUUAUUUUUGUAAGGUGGUUUACAAAAGUGAAGGCAUUUAGGAAGAGAGAUAUUGCUUCUUUAGUGAAAUGGUUUACUUGGAUGAAUUUAAAGAAACUAGAUCAUUAGGCGCGUCGUCUUCGACGUUGUGUGAACCUAGCUGUCUGUCGCUCCGUCAGUGUCAUACAAUUGUCUAUUGUAAGACCAUCAAUCAGAACUGGAGUCUGAACUUUGAAUCGGUAAUAUAUUAUCGGCUGGCUAUUGCUAUUAUGCCACACCAA